AUGGACAACGUUUCCGAAAACAAGAAAAUAAUUUCAAAAGUGAUAAGGACAUUUAAAAAGAAAAUUCCAUGUCCUGCUUUUGUAGCUUUACGCGUUUCCCAAAAUGGAAAAUUCCUUGAAGUUAAAAGCUUAAACAACAACCACAAUCAUAAGACAAGGAAGGCCCUUUCUGAAUUUUUUCCGCAACAGAGAAAAUGGCCUUAUGAAAAUAGAGAAGAGGCAAAAAUGUUACUUAUGUUAGAUGCCAAUAAAAAGAGAGUUAGAGAGAAGUUAGAAAAAGAUACAAGUCUAAAGCUAACAUUAAAAGAUCUAUCGAACAGUAAACAAAGCGCUACAAACAAAGCCCUUAUUGGCAUAGAUCAAUGUGUCGAUAUUUUGAAAAAUAAAUAUGAUUGUGAAGUUAGUAUUUUAAAGGAAUGUUUAAGCAAAUUUCCCGGAUAA